UGGCUCUGAGAACCUCCGUGGGCAGCAGCUCUUGUGACAGCACAGCAUUUCAUCACCAUGGACACACAACAAACAGCUCAGAGCUCUGAGCAAACGCUGCCCAGCGAGCCAGGAACAGCCAGAAGGCUCUGCAUGGAGAGGCUGUGAAGAUCACAGCAGCAGGAAAGUUUGCCAAAGACUGAUGUCCCAGUGUGGAAUAUGGCAUCCAAGGCGAAACAGAGUCAACGAGACAGCGUUGGUGCUGGGAAAAACAAGGAAGUAAGGGCAGGAAAUAAGGAAGAACUGCGAAGGAGCAGAAAUGGAGAUACAUCCAAAAGUGCCAUGGAAACAGUGGUCAGAGAGAGGAAUUCGUACCUGCAGAAGGAGUCUGAGAUUCUUUCUGAGCACAUGAAGACGUACAUGGGCAGAGUGCAGCGCUUCCUAUGGGAGAACAGAUUCCUGGAAGAGGAAGCCAAACGGAAUCGGCAAGAGAGCAACAUUUAUCUCUCCUACCUGUCGAAACACGGGCAGAAGUGUCAGAACCUGAUAAUAACGUUAAACGAGCAGAAUGCAACCCAUCUGUCUCAGGUCCGGCAGCAGAAAGAGAAGCUCGUCUCACGGUACGCAGAACGAGAAGAGGAGGCCAGGAGCCGCCUGACGGAGGUGGAGGCGAAGUACGCCCUUCUGAACAGUGAGGUUGAAGACCUGCAGCCUUUCAAAGAGCUGCAGUUGGAACAGACGAGGAAGAUGGAAGAGCUGGAGAAGGAACUGCUGGUGACGAAGAUCCAUCAUUCGGAAGAGAUGCGCCAAAUCAAGAGCCGGUUUCUGCAGGCCAAAGCGGGUCGCGAGGAGGACUCCCGUCAGAAGAUCCUGCUGCUCAGCAGGAGAGCAGAAGAAGCAGCAAUGCGCUCCUUAAUCCAGCACAUCGAGCAAGUGAAAGCUGAGAACCGGCGCCUGCGCCAGGAAUUGCUCGCGCUCAUCCGAUGCUCCAAGGUCCUCAAGGAAAUCCAAGCUGAGCUGAGGGAGCAGCAGCAGCAGCUGCUUCGGGAGCAGUGGUGCACCCAGGACGUGGCACGGCGCAGGCUGCAGCGGCUGGAGGCAACCUGCAGCUCUCACGGCCCUUUUGGAGGCGGAUAUGAGCCUAGAGAAACACUUGUCUGAGCCUCACCGCUGAUGCUGCGUCACCAGAUCUCGCUGGACACCAGUGGCUGUUGCAGGCAGUUGGGUCACUGAAGGCUGCAAAGCGAUGAGGGCAGCUGAGUGUUGUGUGUGUGGAUGAAAGGAGCCACUGACACAGCUCACACUGUAUUUACUGACAACAGCAGCCUGUUGUGUCAUUCGCCUUUCAAGCUGAAACCUCUGGGUUUUAUUUAUCUCAUCAACAAUGACAUCACAGAGACACAGAAAGGCCCAGGUUGGAAGGGACCCCAAGGAUCAAGGAGCUCCAACCCCAACCACAGCAGGGCCACCAACCUCCCCAUUUCACAGCAGCCCAGGCUGCCCAGGGCCCCAUCCAACCUGGCCUUGAACACCUCCAGGGAUGGACGGGGCAUCACAGCCUCUCUGGGCAGCUGUUGCAGCCCCUCACCGCUCUCACAGCACAGAACUUCCCCUGACAUCCAACCUCCAGCUCCCUCCCUGCCUCCUCUCCCACAGCUCCCUGUCCAUCUUGUGCUGGGCUCCAGCCCUGGACGCAGUGCUGCAGACGGGGCCUCACAGGAGCAGAGCAGAGGGGGACGAUCACCUCCUGUCCCUGCUGGCCACUGAUGGAGCCCAGGAUCCCAUUUGCUUUCUGAGCUGCAAUGCACACUGCUGCCUCACGUUAAGCUUUUCACCCACCAGGACCCCCAGGUCCUUCUCCGCAGGGCUGCUCUCAAGCACUGCUCUUUCCAGUCUGUAUAAACGCUUGGUAUUCCUAACCCUAACCCUAACCCUAACCCUAACCCUAACCCUAACCCUAACCCUAACCCUAACCCUAACCCUAACCCUAACCCUAACCCUAACCCUAACCCUAACCCUACCCUAACCCUAACCCUACCCUAACCCUAACCCUAACCCUAACCCUAACCCUAACCCUAAC